AUGCCCGGCCCCCUCGCCCUCGCCGGCGCAGCAGCCGCCACGGCCGCCACAGCAUCCUACCUCUCCGCCUCCCUCUCCCUCGAGCACGACCUUCUCUGGCUACAAAUAGCCGGCGGCACCGUCCUCAACGUCAUCAAAUCUAUGCGUGCCGGGCAAAUCAACGUCUUCUACCGACUCGAAGCCCACGCCCUCGCCCCCUCCACCGCCAACAAGCCCUUUCUCUGGUUCGAGGGCAAGUCAUACACCUACCAUGAGACCUACCAGCAGGUGCUCAGGUACGGGACCUGGCUGAAGGAAGUGAAGAAGGUGAAGGAGGGGGAGGUGGUGGCUUUCAUGGCCAUGAACUCGGAUCAGUUUGUCUUUGUGUGGUUUGGGCUGUGGAGUAUCGGAGCAACGCCGGCGUUCAUCAACUACAACUUGACAGGGACGCCGUUGGCGCAUUCAUUGAAUGAGAGUAAAGCGCGACUGGUGCUGGUUGAUCCGCAAGUGGUGGAUUACUUGACAGAGGAGGCCAAAGGGCAAGUGCAAGGGGGAGGAGGAGAAAAGGGGAUGGAGUAUGUCGUCCUUGGCCCCGAGACGGAAGCGGAGAGGUUCCAGCUUGAGCCGAAACGGUACGCGGAUAAAGUCAGGAAGGUGGACAGCUACGUCGGCAUGGCGAUCUUGAUUUAUACGUCAGGCACGACGGGGUUGCCGAAGCCGGCGAUCGUCAGCUGGACCAAAGUCAUCAUGGCUGCUAUGGUCACGGGCAAGGGGACGUCCAUGCGCGCGGAUGAUGUCUUGUACACUUGUAUGCCGUUGUAUCACUCUUCGGCAUCUUGCUUGGGUGUGUGCGCGGCGCUGUUUAGGGGAGCUACGGUGGCGAUUGGGAGGAAGUUUAGCACGAAAACGUUUUGGGAGGAUGUGAGGGCGAGUAAUGCGACGAUCAUUCAGUAUGUCGGUGAGACGUGUAGGUAUUUGACGGUGGCGGAGCCGGAGAUUGAUCCGGAGACGGGGAGGAAUCUGGAUAAGGAGCAUAAGGUGAGGGCGGCGUGUGGAAAUGGGUUGAGGCCCGAUGUUUGGGAGAAGUUUAAGGGGCGGUUUGGGAUUGAUACAAUCCUGGAAUUCUAUGCCUCCACCGAAGGCCCCAUGGGCACCUGGAACCGCUCCCGCAACUCCUUCUCCCUCGGCGCCAUCGGCCGCUUCGGUUUCCUCUCUCACUUCCUUACCAACCUUCGCUCCGCCGUCGUCCGCCUCGACUACGAAACCGACCAACCCUGGCGCGACCCCGUCACGGGCUUCUGCAAGCGCACCCGCACCAACGAGCCCGGCGAACUCCUCGCUCUCUUGCCAGCAGACGUCAAGUCCCGCUUCCAAGGCUACUUUGGAAACGAGAAGGCCACCAACUCCAAGAUGCUGAGGGACGUGUUCAAGAAGGGGGAUAUCUGGUUCAGAACGGGUGAUAUCGUCCGCUGGGACGCGGAGAGGAAGUUGUACUUUUCUGAUCGGAUCGGGGAUACCUUCCGGUGGAAGAGCGAGAAUGUCUCGACGGCGGAGGUGUCGCAGGCUAUUGGCUUGCAUCCUUCUGUUCAAGAGGCCAACGUGUACGGUGUCCAGCUGCCUAAUCAUGAUGGACGAGCUGGAUGCGCGGCGAUAUCGCUGGAAGGAGGGGAACCGAAUAAGGAAGUCUUGGAAAGCCUGGCGAAGCAUGCGAGGAAGACAUUGCCCAAGUAUGCGGUGCCGCUGUUCUUGAGGGUCAUGAAGGAGGUGGGAGGACAGACGACGGGGACGAUGAAGCAGCAGAAACAUGUGUUGAGGCAGCAGGGGGUUGAUCCGGGACGGGUGGGCAAGGAGGGGGAUAGGCUGUAUUGGUUGGAGGAGGGGAGCUAUGUGGAGUUUGGGGAGAAGGAAUGGAGGGAGUUGCAAGGUGGGAGGGUCAAGUUGUAG